AUGGCUCCUGGUUUCCACUUCUGGUUACUGGUCGUCUGGUUGGUGGUAACUACAGCAGAAGGACAAGAUGUAGUCACCCCUCCUGGAGGCUCACAAAAUAACAUGAACCCUACAGACUGCCAAAUCUUCACACUCACGCCUCUGCCCACCACAAGGAAUCUGGUAACAAGGGCCCAGCCCAUCACAAGGACACCCACAUUUUAUUUUCCACCGAGGGGGCCCAACUUCUACCCAAGGUUCCCCAACACGCCUUUCUUCCUUCCAAACAACCGUCGCUUCUAUUUCUGGCCUUUCUACCCACCACGAGGUAGACUGAUUCCUUGGAAAUUCUUCCUUGGAAGACAGCUCCAGAGCAGAAGCUCAUCUGAGGAGAGCACAGAGAAAUGA